CCAAAAUGAAGUGUUAUUUUUAUCUUUGCAUUUGCAUGUUUAGAUGACCUUCAAAAUUAGUUUUUUGGUGAAUGAAACAAACAAAAAACAUUGCGUCAUUUGGUAGUUUCGUUGUAUCAGUUAGAACUGAAUUAUGGGUAUUUCGUGUAAAAUACAUCUUAAAAAAUCACGGGAAGGUAUCCACCGAGCCGGUGAACCUAUCAGCGGAAUACUUAGUUACGCGAUUGACGAACCAACAGAGUAUCAGACAGCUGUUUUAUCCUUUGUCGGCACGGCGAAAUGCUUAUGGACAGAAUACGACUUGGUACGUAAAUCUAGUUACACCUACAUUGGUAAUGAUGAAUUCUUGUCGUUGCAUACAAAUAUUCUAAAGAAACGACCGGAACAAACUAUCACACUUGACGUCGGGACAUAUGAAUUUCCUUUUGAAUUUCUUUUACCUGCAGAAAUACCAUCAAGCUUCCAUGAUGGAUAUGGUGAUAUCAAAUAUCAUGUGAAGGUAAAAUUUAUGAAGCCAAGUUUUUUCAGUUUUUCCACAAAAUUUGAGAGAGAGGUCACUGUAUAUGGCAAUGUUAAUCCUGUUACUGGAAGUGAAUCACGUGUUUAUGAGCUACAGAAGAAAUUGUUUAAAUGGUUUUCUUCUAUAGAACCAAUAAUUUCUCUGAAAGCACGGAUUGCUAAGUCCUUCCUGACACCUGGUGAAAAUGCCCUUGUAGAAGUGUCAGUGGCUAAUGAGACUGACACAGACAUAAGUGAUAUUACUGCAGAACUUUCCUGCAGAACAACUUACACCGGGGAAAGAUUCUUUAGUACUAAAGCUAAAGUGGUUGAUGAGACAAUAUGGGGAUGUGGAAGUAUUACCCCUUUAAUACCAGCAUAUAAAACAGUACAAUAUUCAUGUAUAAUUCCAACAUUGCCACAUUUGUAUUCAAUCCAGCACAGCAAAACUAUAAGCAAAGAGUACUUUAUAAAAGUUAAUAUUAAUUUACCUUUCCCCCAUAGAACAGCAACUUGUACAAUACCUAUAGUAAUAGGUGAAGGCAGAGGAGGAGACUGUUUAGGUAUUGUGGAGUUAGAGGAUGAUUUAGAAUCUUAUCAAGUACUGGAACAAACUAUUAGUGAAACUGAUGAACCACCAUCCUAUUGGGAAGUGAUGAAUGAAGACAAGGGUCAAGAUGAAGGCAGCACCAGUAAACAUUAGAAUAGAAGAAGAGGACAGCAUUAUCUAGAUUUAAGAUUGAAUAAAUUUUCUGCAUUUUACCUGUGUUCCUCUGAAAUCCUCUGAAUAGUAAAGACCAUUAAGUUAAAGAAAAUGUACUUAUUGUUAUAUUUUUAGAGACUUACGAGACAUUUACACAUCUAAAUAGUUUUAGAUUUUUUUUGUAUGUUUGUGUUUUUUUUAUAUUAUUAUUAUAGUUUAUUUUUGUAAUUCGACUUUAAGAGACUAUACAUCUCUAAGUAAUAAUCAAUAAUAAUAAAUAAAUAAUAAAUAAAAUAAUAAUAAGGUGUG